CAGCCGAAGAGUGUGGUUAGCAAGAUGAACAAAGAUGCAGAGAUGAGAUCAGCAAUUAAUCAAAAGUUGACAGAAACUGGAGACAGAGAACACCUUAAAGAGUUGCGGAGAACUAAAUUAAUUGAAUGUGGCUGGAAGGACCAACUGAAGGCACACUGUAAAAAGGUAAUUAUAGAAAAAGGACUAGAACACGCUACUAUUGAUGACUUGGUGGCUGAAAUCACACCAAAAGGCAGAGCCUUGGUACCUGACAGUGUCAACAAGGAGCUUCUACAAAGAAUUAGAACAUUCCUUGCUCAGCAUGCCAGCAUUUAAGUUGAAUUAGAUUGUGUUGUUUUGUGGUUUUGUUU